CUUCAUGCCACGCUCAUUUCAGUGAGUGUAAACAAGCCGUCGGCACUGCUGGACGCUGUUUCUUCAGGCGUCUGCAUUACUCGUCAGUCUGAGGAUGAGUAGCCUAAGGCCCUUCCGUCUCCUCUGCUGCCACUUGCAGUUCGUCCAUCUACAAGCGAGAGCAAAUGGGUCUACUUCACUUCAGCAGUCACACCCGCCCAAAUUUCCAGGCGCCCAAAAUUCGAAGCGAGCGACGACCACAAAGACUCAAACUCAAGAAGCCGCACCCAAGCUCUCAUCCAGAUCUCACAAAGCCCGGCCACCUAGUCUUACGCGAAUCAUCUAAACCAUGCCUCCCAAGACUAAAGCCCCAGCUGCACCCAAGGAGUCCAUCACCUUGGGCCCCCAGAUCCGCGAGGGAGAACUCGUCUUUGGCGUUGCUCACAUCUUUGCCUCCUUCAACGACACUUUCGUCCACGUUACUGAUCUCUCGGGACGUGAAACCAUUGUCCGUGUGACUGGUAAGCUCUCUAUUAUUCUACCCAAAAAUAUGGAACACUAACAUUGAAAGGUGGUAUGAAGGUCAAGGCCGAUCGUGACGAGUCAUCCCCUUACGCUGCCAUGUUGGCCGCUCAGGAUGUUGCUGUGCGAUGCAAGGAAAUCGGUAUCACCGCCCUCCACAUCAAGAUCCGUG